AUGGAGAUUGUGAAUGUUGGAACUACAGUUCCAACUUUGAUUCCGAUUUUACUUCAACACAGUAGUGAAUGGGUAAGUGAGAGUAAAUUUGUUAAUUUCCUUGUUAAUGGCGUGUUGAUCAAUUCGGACUGUAGCUAUGAUUAUUUUGUUGAUGAGAUAUACAAGCAAUUGGGUAGAGAUUCAAUUACGAGUGCAAUGGAGAUAAAAUAUACAGUGAAGGAUGGCUAUGUAGCAAUUCCAAUAUACAAUGAUAUGAGUGUGCGCUUGUAUAUGGAGAUGAAAAAGAAAAACCUGGAUAUCACUGAAUAUCCAUUAUGCAUAACAUUGAAAACUGUAUAUUCAAGUGUUGAAUGCUCAUAUUCAAGUUCAUACUUGGGUGGCAACUUACUUGCAACAACUUCAGCUGGAAACUUACUCGCAACAACUUCAGUUGGUUUACAAUGUCAGAACGUAGAAGAAGUACAUGGAACUAAUAUUAUUGAGAUGAUGGAUAAUCAUGUAAAGAAAGACAAAAUUGAGAUAUUGAAGGGAAAUUGUAUAAUAGACAAUCCACAACAUGAAGAAAUUGCAGAAGCCAUUGCAAAACUGAUUUGCAACAAAUAUACCAAUCCAAAAAUAAUAUACACUCAGACAGACAUCAUGAGCAACAUGAAACAACAGUAUGGGAUUAAUAAGAGUAACAUAAAAGCUUAUAGAACAAAAGAAAAGGCGCUUGAACUACUAAGAGGGAUACCGCGUGAAUCUUAUAGAAAACUGUCGGGUCACUUGUAUAUGAUAAAUAUGACAAAUCCUGGUUCUGUCACAAGGUUACAUAAAUCAGAGGACGAGCGCUUCAUGUAUGUUUUUAUCGCACUAAAUGCAUCAAUCAUAAGAUGGAAAUAUUGUUACCCUAUCAUAGUGGUUGAUGGGACAUUCCUCAAAUCAUCACACAGAGGAACAAUGUUAACAGCUAGCGCACAAGAUGCAACAGCAUAUGCUGUUGUAGAUUCUGAAAAUGAUGCUUCCUGGGAAUGGUUUUUUGAAAUGUUUAGACAGGCUUUUGGGGAAAAGAAAAGGAUGUGCAUCGUAUCGGAUCGUCAUGCAAGCAUAUUGAGGGGUGCUUCGAUUGUGUAUCCAGAGGUAUCUCACUGUGUAUGCAUCUUUCAUCUUUGGAAUAACAUAAAGAAGCAGUUCAAUAAGAACCAUGACCGGCUGAGGGAAGUAUUUUUUGCAAUGGCCAGAGCAUACAAAAUUGAAGAUUUUAAUCGCCUCAUGGAAGAUAUGGACAGCAUUGAUAAGAGGGUAAGGGGUUACCUAUUCCAAGUUGGUUAUGAAAAGUGGUCUAUAGUGCAUUCCAUUGUUAAUAGAUCCAUGGUGAUGACUUCAAAUAUUGCCGAGUCACUCAAUGCAAGGAACAGAGAGGCAAGAGAGCUACCAAUCAUGAGUUUGCUAGAUUACAUGAUGAAUUUGGUUAUGGAAUGGAAUAAUACAAAUAGAAUGACUGCAAUGAGUACAUUUAUUGACAUAGGACAAAAAUAUCAUGAAGUACUGAAGGAAAAUAGCUAUUUGUCGCAAAAGAUGACGGUGAAGCCUUCAACCGAUUAUGUAUAUGUAGUAAUGGAUGCUAAAAAAAGGCGAAACAUAGUCUACAUGCAAAAAAGAGAAUGCUCGUGCAAACGAUUUCAAGUGGAUGAGAUUCCUAGUCCACAUGCUAUGGCAGUAUUGGACUACACACACAUGGAAGCACCUAAAUAUUGUUCUGCCCAUUAUACCAAGGAAUACUUCAAGAAGACAUAUGAAGUACCAGUUAAUCCACUUCGUGAUGAAACUACAUGGGACCUUCCAACAAAGGUGUUAGAUAAUGUGGUCCUACCACCGAUAGUGAAGGGCAAACCAAGAAUACUGACGAAGUCGCGACGCAAGGGACUUUAUGAAUAUCUGUAUACUGAAACUGUUACAUGUGGACUUUGUGGAAAACAAGGACAUAAUAGAAGAACAUGUAGGAAUGCUCAAGACAACUAG